AUGGAUGAGGCUUACUUUGACAUUUUCGAUGAUGACUCGAGAUUAAAAGUGCCAAAAAAGUUCAUAAGGGAACAACCAAGGACUGAAGUGUGUGACGAAUUCUUCGUCUGCGGAACUAAACACGAGGCUGUUGUGCCAUUUGGUGGUAGCUAUUCGGAGAUUCCCCACGAACCACGAUGCGAUGCAAAGAAAUACAAGUUUGAACUUGAUACAUUCCAGAAAAUAUCAAUAUGCAGCAUUGAGCGUGAUGAAUCAGUGCUCGUCAGUGCACACACGUCAUGCGGCAAGACUGUGGUUGCUGAAUAUGCCAUAGCACAGUCCAUUAAGAACAACCAGAGGGUGGUAUACACUAGUCCUAUAAAAGCCCUGUCUAAUCAGAAGUACAGAGAGCUUCAGGAGGAGUUUGGAGACGUAGGCCUCAUGACUGGAGAUGUUACCAUCAAUCCCGAAGCAUCAUGCCUCGUCAUGACCACUGAAAUUUUAAGAAAUAUGCUUUACAGAGGAUCAGAGGUCAUACGGGAGGUUCACUGGAUAAUAUUUGAUGAAGUGCACUAUAUGAGAGACAGAGAGAGGGGUGUAGUGUGGGAAGAAACAAUAAUACUCUUGCCCGGGCAUGUAAGAAUGGUAUUCCUUAGUGCGACCAUUCCUAAUGCCUUAGAAUUUGCAGAGUGGAUUUCAUAUAUCCAACAGCAAAUUGUGCAUGUUGUUUAUACUGAAAAGAGGGUUAUUCCUCUCAUUCACUAUUUUCAAACCGACGAUCUAUAUCUGAUUAAAGACAAGAAGUUUCAUCUAAAACAGUUUAUGCGGUCUAUGCAAAAUGUUCCAAAGAGGAAAGAUAUGGAUAAGAUAUUGCAGGAAGCAAUAGAAAGGGCCAAUACUCCUGCGGUUGUUUUUUCUUUCAGCAGAAAGGAAUGUGAAGGAUAUGCGGUUAAGAUUAGGAAGGAUUUAUUAGAUGAGGAAGAGAAAGACUUGGUUAAGACAAUAUUUGAUAAUGCAAUAGCCUCACUAAGACAGGAAGAUAGGAACAUUCCCAUUAUAGAAAAGAUGCUUCCGCUUCUACAGAGAGGAAUAGGUAUUCAUCAUUCUGGGCUUCUUCCAAUUAUCAGAGAGAUAGUUGAAAUACUCUUCCAGGAAUCUCUUCUGAAGGUGCUAUUUGCCACUGAGACAUUCUCCAUAGGGCUAAAUAUGCCUGCAAAAACAGUCAUUUUCACAUCACUUCGUAAGUUUGACGGCACAAACAGGAGACUGCUCACCUCGGGCGAAUUUAUCCAGAUGAGUGGAAGAGCAGGUAGAAGAGGACUGGACGAGAUGGGAGCGGCCAUAUGCAUUCUUACGGAGGAACUAACAGUCGCACAGGUCAAGACCAUCUUCUCGUCCAGUGCAGACAAACUGUUCAGUGCAUUUCGCCUUACUUACAACAUGAUUCUUAACUUAUUAAGGGUAGAGGGAUUGGACCCUACCUAUGUCCUGAGCAGAAGCUUCUUUCAUUUUCAGGCAUAUAAGAGUGCUCUAGAACAAGAGAAUAAAAUAGUAGAUGUGCCUUUCGCGGAAGAAACAGAGCUGUCACAGCUAUUAUUAAGAAGAGAAGAGCUAUAUUGUAGAAGAAACGAGGCGCUUGCUAGUGCCUUUAAGGAUAUGAUUAGAGCCAAGGGCAGGGUUGUAGAUCUUAUGAUUCCACACAAGGGAUCCAUCCUUCCAAUACGAAAUGCCAUAGUAAAGGAAGUGACAAAGCACAGCACUGUUCAAGCUUACAUACUAACAAAUAAAGAUAUAGAGCUCAAGGAGUAUCCCUUAGCUUAUGUGAGUAGUGUUUAUGAUGUUCAAUGUAAGGUUGAUAUUAAGGUGUUUAGUAAAAGGUUCAGGCCAAUAGAGUACAAGGACGACGUUAAUGAAGAAAUUACCCGUUUAGAAAAUAAAAUACGCGAAAUCGAGCCAUCAAUAGAUCUUUCAUCCUGCCUUUUCUGUAAAAAUCCCUCCCGCGCAUGCCUCGUCAGCUGCGAGUACACGCCCACAAAUACCCCUUUAUUAGAUAAAAGCAUAGAGCAUUUGAGGUAUCUUGUAGAGCAGGAAAACUUACAGGAGAAGAUAGAAUAUUUAAAUAAAUUGAAGGAGAUUUAUCACAUGGAAGAAUGUAAAAAGAUGAUUGGCGUUCUAAGACGACUUGAGUACAUUGAUGACACAUCAGUCCUAAUCAAAGGCAAGAUGGCCUCUGAGAUCAGUGCAGGAGACGAACUUGUAAUAACGGAGAUGAUAUUCAAUUCAGAGUUUAUUAAUCUGUCCCUGACAGAUAUGGUGGCUCUGCUUAGCUGCUGUGUCUGUGAAGAGAGCACCGAGAAUCUAGUUUUGAGUGAGGAAAAUGAUGCAGUAUACACUUUGCUCGUUAAUGCUGCUGAAAGGAUUGUUAAAAUUAUGAAUGAAUGUGGGAUUGAUGUGAGAGAAGCGGAGUAUAUUGGACGAUUCUCCCAUGCAUUAAUGGACAUAGUCAAAAUGUGGAUGACUGGUAGAACUUUUGUUGAGAUAUGUGAAAGCACUAAUAUCUUUGAGGGAAGCAUAAUCAGGGUGUUUAAAAGACUGGAAGAGCUGCUGAGACAGCUAUCAAAUGCAGCAGCAGUUAUUGGAAACAAUGAAUUGGUGAAUCUGUUUUCCCAGGGGAUAUUCCUGAUUAAACGAGAUAUUGUGUUUGCUAACUCCUUGUAUCUCUAA